AAAAAAAAAAAAAAGGAAGGUGGAAAUUAAACGGCGUGAAUGUCGCGCGCUUGAUUCACGUAGCCGCCCGUGGCGGAAAUCGCGACGGUCGAGUACGCGACAAGUGGCGAUAAGUUUGGAUGUGCGACAUGAUGAAGGCCGUCGCGGUUCUGUCCGCGAAUCCUAGGUUAUCUUACCACCUGCGCUCGCGGCUGCCGAAUCUGCGCAUUUCGGACGUGUCGCCAGGACAAGCAGAUACCUUAUCCAAGCUGAAUGCGGUGGAAAUAUUAGUGGCCGACUGUGAUUUAUUAAUACCUUACGUAAAUAAAUUGACGUCGGUCAAAUGGAUACAGGCGACGUGGGCUGGCUUGGACAAAUUUAUUCCACAUGUGUGGGACGCGCGAAGAGAUUACAUCCUGACUCGUUUCUCCGACGAAUCAUUCGGUCUGGCCAUGUCCGAGUAUGUGAUAGCGCAGAUUGUCAAUCAUGAACGCGAUCAGAGGCAACAGUACGAGAAUCAAAGGCUCGCUGUGUGGAAACAAGAAGGCAGAUUGCUGAACCACAGGCUUAUACGUGAUUUAACGAUAGGUAUCUUGGGGGUAGGAACGAUAGGAAAGUCGGUGGCGGAAAGGCUGAAGCUAUUUGGCGCGACUAUCUGGGGAAUGACACGUACCGUUCCGAAAGAGAACGUGCCAUACCUUGACGAGCAUAGAACCGUAGAUGACCUGCCAGACAUCCUGAAAAAUUGUGACUACGUCAUUAAUAUAAUGCCCUCGACUCAGGACACGGUAGGACUUUUAAAUGGCAACGUCUUGGAACUCUGCAGAGGCAAGAAUGCAGUUUUCAUUAACGUGGGACGUAGUUCCGUUAUUAAAGAAACGGACCUGGUGAACGCUCUCGAGCAGAAGUGGAUUUCAGCUGCUAUUUUAGAUGUGUUUGAAAAAGAGCCGUUGCCAAAAGAGAGCAAGCUGUGGAGCCUUCCACAAGUAACCGUCUCACCGCACAAUUCGGCCGUGACAAAUUCACAAGAUGUUGCAAAGCUAUUCGCUACAAAUUACGCUAAAUACAUAAACGGAGAGAGUAUGAUAAAUGUAUUUGAUUUUAAUAAAGGUUACUAGUUUAAGGGUUUUAGUCACAAAGGUUUUGUACGGUGUUGGGCGUAACAAGACGUGUGUACACACAAUAAAUAUUUAUUAUUAAUAAAAAUAUACAUACGGAUAAAAAUAAACAACAUAUUUUGGGUA